GGGAGGGCGCCGGGGGGAGGAGGCGGGGCCGCGCCGCCCGCGCCGCGCUGGGCGCUCUCGGCCAAUGAGCGGCGUCCACAUGCCGCGGCGGCGGCGAGAGGGGAGGCAGCGGCCGAUAAAUGCUAUUAGAGCAGCCGCCGCGGAGCCGUCCCCGACGCCACCUCGUUCUCCUCCGCCGCAGUUUCCUCCGCCGCUGUCGGGGGUGCGGAGCUGAGGGACCUGGGCGAGCGCGCUGCGCACCGCCCCACCGGCUGGCCUUCCUCGCUCCGUCCCGCCCUCAGGGCUCGGCCGUGCGCCCCCUCCUCCGGCCCGGGCGGGGCCGCGAUUCACCUCUGGAGAGCGGGGAGGGGGCUCGGGGCCGCGGCCUGCGCUCCCGGCGGGCGGUUGAGGGCGAAGGAGGCCCUCCCUUCUGACGAGGGGAGGGAGGGUCGGGAGCCCCCCCACCCACCCGGCAGCCAGGGCCGGGCUGCCAGAGGGGCGGUUGUCUGGGGGAGGGGGCGCGGGGUGAUUCAGCGCCCGGCGAGGCGGAAGCGGCCGGAGGAGGAGGAGGAGGAGAAGCCAGUCCGCGCCUGGGCGCCCGGGGUGGCACGAGCCCGCGGCCCGAGUGCGAGGCCGAGGCGAGGAGGCCGCGGGGACGGGAGGUGAGGCCGGUCCGGCCCCCCGAAGCCAUGGAGAACGCGCACACAAAGACGGUGGAGGAGGUGCUGGGCCACUUCGGCGUCAACGAGAGCACCGGGCUGAGCCUGGAGCAGGUCAAGAAGCUCAAAGAGAAAUGGGGCUCCAACGAGUUACCUGCUGAAGAAGGAAAAACCUUGCUGGAACUUGUGAUUGAGCAGUUUGAAGACUUACUAGUUAGAAUUUUAUUAUUGGCAGCAUGUAUAUCUUUUGUUUUGGCUUGGUUUGAAGAAGGUGAAGAAACAAUUACAGCCUUUGUAGAACCUUUUGUAAUUUUACUUAUAUUAGUAGCCAAUGCAAUUGUGGGUGUAUGGCAGGAAAGAAAUGCUGAAAAUGCAAUCGAAGCCCUUAAGGAAUAUGAGCCUGAAAUGGGCAAAGUAUAUCGACAGGACAGAAAGAGUGUACAGCGGAUUAAAGCUAAAGACAUAGUUCCUGGCGAUAUUGUAGAAAUUGCUGUUGGUGACAAAGUUCCUGCUGAUAUAAGAUUAACUUCCAUCAAAUCUACAACUCUAAGAGUUGACCAGUCGAUUCUCACAGGUGAAUCUGUCUCUGUCAUCAAGCACACUGACCCUGUCCCUGACCCACGGGCUGUCAACCAAGAUAAGAAGAACAUGCUCUUUUCUGGUACAAACAUUGCUGCUGGGAAAGCUAUGGGAGUGGUAGUGGCAACUGGAGUUAACACUGAAAUUGGCAAGAUCCGGGAUGAAAUGGUGGCCACGGAACAGGAGAGAACACCGCUUCAGCAGAAACUAGAUGAGUUUGGGGAACAGCUUUCCAAAGUCAUAUCCCUUAUUUGCAUUGCUGUCUGGAUCAUAAACAUUGGGCACUUCAAUGACCCAGUUCACGGAGGCUCCUGGAUCAGAGGUGCUAUUUACUACUUUAAAAUUGCGGUGGCCUUGGCUGUAGCAGCCAUUCCUGAAGGUCUGCCUGCUGUUAUCACCACCUGCCUGGCUCUUGGAACUCGCAGAAUGGCAAAGAAGAAUGCCAUCGUUCGAAGCCUCCCUUCUGUGGAAACCCUCGGUUGUACUUCUGUUAUCUGCUCAGACAAGACUGGUACACUUACAACAAACCAGAUGUCAGUCUGCAGGAUGUUCAUUCUGGACAGAGUUGAAGGUGAUACUUGUUCCCUUAAUGAGUUUACCAUAACUGGAUCAACAUAUGCACCUAUUGGAGAAGUGCAUAAAGAUGAUAAGCCAGUAAACUGUCACCAGUAUGAUGGUCUUGUAGAAUUAGCAACAAUUUGUGCUCUUUGUAAUGACUCUGCCUUGGAUUACAAUGAGGCAAAGGGUGUGUAUGAAAAAGUUGGAGAAGCUACGGAGACCGCUCUAACUUGCCUGGUAGAGAAGAUGAAUGUAUUUGAUACCGAAUUGAAGGGUCUUUCUAAAAUAGAACGUGCAAACGCCUGCAACUCGGUCAUAAAACAGCUGAUGAAAAAGGAAUUUACUCUAGAGUUUUCACGUGAUAGAAAAUCAAUGUCAGUUUACUGUACACCAAACAAACCAAGCAGGACAUCGAUGAGCAAGAUGUUUGUGAAGGGCGCUCCUGAAGGUGUCAUCGACAGGUGCACCCAUGUUCGAGUUGGAAGUACCAAGGUGCCUCUGACCCCUGGAGUCAAACAGAAGAUCAUGUCUGUCAUUCGGGAGUGGGGUAGCGGCAGCGACACCCUGCGAUGCCUGGCCCUGGCCACUCACGACAACCCGCUGAGAAGAGAAGAAAUGCACCUUGAGGACUCUGCCAACUUUAUUAAAUAUGAGACCAACCUGACGUUCGUCGGCUGCGUGGGCAUGCUGGACCCCCCGAGGAUUGAGGUGGCCUCCUCCGUGAAGCUGUGCCGCCAGGCAGGCAUCCGAGUCAUCAUGAUCACAGGGGACAACAAGGGCACUGCCGUGGCCAUCUGCCGCCGUAUCGGCAUCUUCGGGCAGGAUGAGGACGUGACGUCAAAGGCUUUUACAGGUCGGGAGUUUGAUGAACUCAACCCCUCAGCCCAGAGAGAUGCCUGCUUGAAUGCCCGCUGUUUUGCUCGAGUUGAACCUUCCCACAAGUCUAAAAUCGUAGAAUUUCUUCAGUCUUUUGAUGAGAUUACAGCUAUGACCGGCGAUGGUGUGAAUGAUGCUCCUGCUCUGAAGAAAGCCGAGAUCGGCAUUGCUAUGGGCUCUGGCACUGCGGUGGCUAAAACUGCCUCCGAGAUGGUCCUGGCAGAUGACAACUUCUCCACCAUCGUGGCUGCUGUCGAGGAGGGGCGGGCAAUAUACAACAACAUGAAGCAGUUCAUCCGCUACCUCAUCUCAUCUAACGUGGGGGAAGUUGUCUGUAUUUUCCUGACAGCAGCCCUGGGAUUUCCUGAGGCUUUAAUUCCUGUCCAGCUGCUCUGGGUCAAUCUGGUGACAGACGGCCUGCCUGCCACUGCACUGGGGUUCAACCCUCCUGACCUGGACAUCAUGAAUAAGCCACCUCGGAACCCAAAAGAACCGCUGAUCAGUGGGUGGCUGUUUUUCCGUUACCUGGCUAUUGGCUGUUAUGUCGGCGCCGCUACCGUGGGUGCUGCUGCGUGGUGGUUCAUUGCUGCUGACGGCGGUCCAAGAGUGACCUUCUACCAGCUGAGUCAUUUCCUACAGUGUAAAGAGGAUAAUCCAGACUUUGACGGAGUAGAUUGUGAAGUCUUUGAGUCUCCGUACCCCAUGACCAUGGCGCUCUCUGUGCUAGUAACCAUAGAGAUGUGUAACGCCCUUAACAGCUUGUCUGAAAACCAGUCCUUGCUGAGGAUGCCCCCUUGGGAGAACAUCUGGCUCGUGGGCUCCAUCUGCCUGUCCAUGUCGCUCCACUUCCUGAUCCUCUACGUAGAACCCUUGCCACUCAUCUUCCAGAUCACACCGCUGAAUGUGACCCAGUGGCUGAUGGUGCUGAAAAUCUCCUUGCCUGUGAUUCUCAUGGACGAGACGCUCAAGUUUGUGGCCCGCAACUACCUGGAACCCGGUAAAGAGUGUGUGCGUCCUGCCACCAAAUCCUGCUCGCUCUCGGCAUGCACCGAUGGGAUUUCCUGGCCGUUUGUGCUGCUCAUAAUGCCCCUGGUGGUCUGGGUCUAUAGCACAGACACUAACUUUAGUGAUAUGUUCUGGUCUUGACUGACAGUUUUCCAUAAAGAAGAUGUUUAACUUAAUCAAUUAAUUUUUUAUUGUUUAAAGCAACUGUCUAUUUCUGCUGAAUUUUCACAUGAACAUAUUGGCUGGUGACGGAGGUUUCAUACUCUAGAUUUUGUUUUGCUUUUUCUGACUCCAGUGGGGCAAGAUUUUCCUUUUUUAUACACAUAAUUAAAGUGGCCAUUGACAUGUACAGAGAACUAACACUAUUUUAUGCAAAUAUUUUUUUGUAGAUGAAAAAGCAUGUACAGUGUUCUGUUUAAUACUCAUCCUUGUAUAAAAAAAUAGUUGAGCCAGCAGACAUUGUCAGCAAAUUAAUUGGCAGCAGAUUUUAGGAAAUGAAUGUGUGUGUUUUUUUUCUAAAACUAAAUAGCAUGUAUUGUGUCUUUUGCAUGAUCUGGAUUUAAUUUGAUAUCACAGUCUAAUUUUUAUUCAUUAAGCCAAUUUUUCUGCACUGAGCAGAGUCCUGCUACCUCAGUCAGUAUUUUUGGUUUGCCACUUCCCUCACCCCCCCCUCGGCCCUCCGUUCACCCCACCCCACCCCCAGCCCCGCUCGGCUUCUUCUGUAGGAUUUUGAUGGUCCUGUUUACAUCAGUCGUUUUAACAAGAGGUAUGCCUGUUCUCGCUUGUGCAGAAAACAUUGCUCCAGAUUCAAUCGACUGGGUUUAUGUCCCUUCACAUAGUUUUUAAGGUUAUUUAUUUAAAUGUCUAAUGUAUUUUAUUGUAACAGACAUUGUUUUGCGCCAACAUUGCCUAUUUCAGGGGCACUUCACAAUCUAGUAUAAAAAGAAAAAUAAAACAUUUUAAAUGGACAGAGAAAAA